AUGACUGUCAAUGAAUAUAACCUUCCCACCUGGAAUAUGGACCCUUGGGUAGGAGCCAUCACCAUUCGCCGUUUUGUGGUCGUCCAGCAGGGAAGAGGAUGUUCGGAUCAACCAGAUCAGGAGCUAUAUGCUAAUCUCUACUCAUCGAAGUACAUUCCCGAACCAUUGCCAGAAGAAACAAGAAUGAACAGUCAGCCCAUACGCCUGAAACUUGAGCAGCUAUCAACAGUACUGCCCAGCGCCGCCCGCAUUCACUUCGGCCGCGUCUAUGAGAUCAAGCAUGAUGUGGAAUUGAACAAUGUUGGUUUGGUCCAUGGCUCAUCCAUGGAUAUACUGUCGUCACAAUUCGAAUACCAUCGUCCGAUAGAUACUCCGAACGGUGUAGCAUCUUCGCCGGACAAGGAUCAGGCAGGUACUCCUGCAAAUGACACAGUCACACAGACUGAUGUUAAGAUUGAGAAAUGA